AUGAUAUUAGCUAAAGAACUUCAUAAACCAGUUAGAAAAAAAUUUACUAAACGAAGAAUUUUUACUAAAGGUAUUGACGAUUUAUGGGCUGCUGAUUUAGUUAUAAUGAGAAAUUAUUCUGAUGAAAAUAAGGGUUAUUCUUAUAUAAUAACUGUUAUAGAUACGUUUUCAAAAUUUUCUUGGGCUUUAGAACUCAAAAAGAAAGAUGGAAUUAAUGUUUCAGAAGCAUUUGAAAAAAUAAUAAAACAAGCUAUAUCACAAAAUCAUAAUGCACCAAAAUUACUUCACGCAGAUAAAGAAAAAUCGUCAAUUAUUGAAAGAUUUAAUAGGACAUUAAACAGUAAAAUGAGAUUACAUUUUGAAGUUUUUGAAAAAUGGAUUAAAAUUUUACAAAGCUUAAUAGAUGAAUAUAAUUUCAAAGACAUACAUCGAUCUAUUGGUAUGAGACCUUGUGAA